AUGACUUCAUUAACAAUUUCAAAUGUUGUCAAAAAUGAUCAUCAUACGCUUAGCGAACUUUAUCGAAAUUAUUUAUUGGCUGAAGGAAAUAUUGCUAUUAAACAAGAAUAUGCUCUAAAAUUUCAAGGAGAAUUAACAAAACAUAGUACUGCAGAAGAAACUAUUCUUUAUCCAGCAUUCGAACAAUAUCUUGAUUCAGAAGGAAAAAAAAUGGCUCAUCAAGAUCGCAAAGAAGAUCAAACGAUUAAAAAACUUUUGUCUCAAUUUGCAUCAACAUCUGUAUCUGAUCCACAACAUCGUGUUAUAUUUGAUGAACUUAUGACUAAUUUAAAUGAACAUAUAAAAGGAGAAGAAACAAAUGAUUUACCUAAAUUUGAAAAUGCCAUAACACCUGAUUUAAGUGCAUCAUUGGCUUAUUCAUUUCGACAAG